AUGACGGUGAUGCAGUACUGCACUCGGCUCAAGACCUUCGCCGAUCAGCUUCGUGACCUGGGGCAGUCCGUGACUGACUCCCGGCAGGUUUUCCAUCUCCUCCGCGGCCUCAACCGCCAGUAUCAUUCCGUCAUCCCGCACAUCACCUCCCAGGUCCCGCUCCCGUCGUUCCUCCAGGUGCGCUCCUUCCUCCUGUUGGAGGAGCACCCUGCUGAGCAGGCGGCUCGCCAGCAGUCCGCACAUGCUCUCUUUGCUGGGCGCGGCUCUCCUUCGACUCUAGCGCCUCCUACGCCAGCACCCACCUCCGACACCGCACGAGGGCGCGGCCGUGGCCAGCGUCGUUGUGAGCGCGGGAACGGCGGCGUCUCUGCAUCACCAUCGCCCCCGACGCCGCGCCCGCCCGCCUACCCCACGCCUGCUCCCGGCGCCAACUCCUGGACGGGUCUCGUCCAAGCCUGGCCCAUGCCCUGGCGCGCACCGGGCACCGGCGUCCUCGGGCCUCAUCCUGGCACGCCUCAUCAACAGGCCAUGUUCGCGGCUUCCGCACCGUACGGCUCCGGCUACGGCGCUCCGGGUGGUCUCCCUCCUGGGUACGGCGCUCCGGGUGGUCUCCCUCCUGGGUACGGCGCUCCGGGUGGUCUCCCUCCUGGGUACGGCACCCCGUUCCCCGGCUACGGCUCUCCGGGCGCCAGCUCCUCCACCACCCCGCUGCAGCAGCCAUGGGACAUGCAGUCGCUGCAGGCCGCGCUUCACAGCGCCACGGCUGGGCCUUCGUCGUCCGGCACUGCCUCGGAGUGGUACCUAGACUCUAGGGCCUCGUUCCACAUGUCUUCGUCGCCCGGUAAUCUCCACUCCCUUCGUCCAUGUCAUUCUCCUUCUCACAUCAUAGUUGGCAGUGGGGCGCAUCUACCCAUCACCCAUGUCGGUGAUGGUGCUCUCAUCGAGGGCACGUCUCCUGUUCAACUCUGCAACGUCCUGGUCUCCCCCUCUCUCAUUACAAACUUGCUCUCUGUUCGCCAAUUUGUCGUGAUAACCCUGUUUCUGUCAAAUUUGACGCAUUUGGCUUCUCUGCAAUGGACCUUCGAACCAGGGCGGUGA